AAUAAUCAUCGUUAUCAUUGAGCUUUCACGAAUAUUGAUCUGUUUUUUUUUAGCUGCAACUGUUGUUAACUGUUGAACUGGUGCAAUAAGUUAGAGUGUGACAAGUAUAUUUUGUCUCACUUUAACUUAUUACACCAGUUCAGCAGCUAAAAAGAACAGACUAUAUGUCACGAAAUUUGAUGUUUACUAACAAGAAAGACAUUUCUUUGAUGUGACAGUGAAUAAUAGUACUGGAAAAUGAAAGUUUAAGCAGGAUAAACUUCAAGGAAAUUAAUAAUAAUAUAUAAUAUAUAAUAAUAUAUACUAUUCUAAUAAGAUCUUUUGCACACAUAUACAGGCACAGGUUAUAUAAAAUUAUAAUUUGCAAAGUUUAAAUCGUUUUGUAAAAAUGUAUGAGGUUAUUGUUUUGUUUAACGGCUAUUCUAAGAAGCUGAAUGAAACGACAAUGGAUGCAAAUUGUACUUGCACGUUGAUAAAGGGUCCCAAAUUGAUUAUAGUUGACACAAUGACUGCUUGGGACCGUGAUAAACUAUUGAGUGCUCUUAUGCAACACAAUAUCAUGCCAACGGAUAUUGAUUAUGUUGUUUGUACUCAUGGUCACCCGGAUCAUACAGGGAACAAUAAUUUAUUCACAAAUGCAGAACAUAUUGUAGGGCUUUCUGUUCAUCGUGGUACCAUUUUCUUUGAGAAGAAUUUUAUGUCUGAGGAUUAUAAGCUUUGUCCAGGUGUUAAAGUUGUAGCUACUCCAGGACAUACCGCGGAGGAUGUUACCGUGCUAGUGGAAACGAUGAAGGACGGAGAAAAAAUAUGCUAUGCUAUUACAGGAGACUUAUUUGAGAAAGAAGAGGAUAUUUCGUCACCACACAUCUGGAAAGCGUUGGGUGCACCAGAGUUGUUGGACAGUCAGUAUAUGAUGCGACAGUUUAUAAUAAAUCUUGCAGAUUUUAUUAUACCUGGACACGGCCCAAUGUUUCGUGUAACCGACAAUAUGAGAGAGAUUAUAAACAGUCAGCUGUCUCGAUAAAAAUCUGGGAUUACACCGGAUUCACAAACAUAUAUAUGCAUAUAUUUAUACGAAGGAGCAAUAUAUGUUCACCAAAAGUCGCAAUUUUGUUCAUUGUAACGACGCAAAACCAAUAUGACUUAUAUUUAAAUAAAUCUUCCGCGAUAAUAACACGGAUUUACUUUGAAGAAUCGACUUGCAAUUGGUAUAUAUAUAUAUAUAUAUGCCGUAAAUAUUGUUUUAUGCAGACAUUCUCUUCCUUGUUCUAAGAAUUUGCCCUUAAGGUAUCUACCCUACAUCCGCAAACAAUUUUAUCAAAUCUUCACAGCCAACGACUAAAUUAAGAAUCCUUGCGCCUUCACUCGUAACUUCACAUUCUUAUUUCAGAAUUACCUUAUAAUCGGUCUAUGUGCCUACGAUAAUAUCUAUAUAAUAGAACAUUGGGAGG